CGCUGGGCUGCAGCUCCCCAGUCCGUGUCGGCGUGCUUGGAGGUACUGGAAAGGUCUUGGCAGGGUGGCUGGACCCUUGGCAGACUCAAAUCCAGGCCAACUGUAUGGUUGUCUGAGGUGUUGGAACAGAAGGAGGUCCAUUCCUGUUGGUGACAGCACAGUGGCCCUUUUCUGGGAUGAACCAGGUAUAAAAGGAGCUGUGAAAUCAGCUGCAACUGAAAAUGUCUGACAGCUUGGAGAACGAAGAAAAACCCCCAGCUCCCCCACUGAGGAUGAACAGUAACAACCGUGAUUCUUCGGCACUCAACCACAGCACCAAACCGCUCCCCAUGGCUCCAGAAGAGAAGAAUAAGAAAGCCAGGCUUCGCUCUAUCUUCCCAGGAGGAGGGGAUAAAACCAAUAAGAAGAAAGAGAAAGAACGCCCAGAGAUCUCUCUUCCUUCAGACUUUGAACAUACGAUUCAUGUGGGGUUUGAUGCAGUCACCGGGGAAUUCACUAACUCCCCUUUCCAGACCUCUAGACCUGUGACGGUCGCUUCAAGUCAAUCAGAGGGAAAAAUGCCAGAUCUCUAUGGCUCACAGAUGUGCCCAGGGAAGCUCCCAGAGGGAAUUCCCGAGCAAUGGGCACGAUUACUCCAAACCUCCAACAUAACAAAACUGGAACAGAAGAAGAACCCACAAGCUGUUCUCGAUGUUCUCAAAUUCUAUGACUCUAAAGAAACUGUCAACAACCAGAAAUACAUGAGCUUUACAUCAGGAGAUAAAAGUGCUCAUGGAUAUAUAGCAGCUCAUCAGUCGAAUACAAAAACAGCUUCUGAGCCUCCUUUGGCUCCCCCAGUAUCUGAAGAAGAAGAUGAAGAAGAGGAAGAGGAAGAAGAUGACAAUGAGCCCCCACCUGUCAUUGCACCAAGACCAGAACAUACAAAAUCAAUCUACACUCGUUCUGUGGUUGAAUCGAUUGCUUCACCGGCAGCACCAAAUAAAGAAGUCACCCCGCCUUCUGCUGAGAAUGCCAAUCCCAGUGCUUUGUACAGAAAUACUGAUCGGCAAAGGAAAAAAUCCAAGAUGACAGAUGAGGAGAUCCUAGAGAAGCUAAGAAGCAUUGUGAGUGUUGGGGACCCAAAGAAAAAAUAUACAAGAUUUGAAAAAAUUGGCCAAGGGGCAUCAGGUACUGUUUAUACAGCACUAGACAUUGCGACAGGACAAGAGGUGGCCAUAAAGCAAAUGAACCUUCAACAGCAACCCAAAAAGGAAUUAAUUAUUAAUGAAAUUCUUGUCAUGAGGGAAAAUAAGAACCCCAAUAUUGUUAACUAUUUAGAUAGCUACUUAGUGGGUGAUGAACUGUGGGUAGUCAUGGAAUACUUGGCUGGUGGCUCUUUGACUGAUGUGGUCACAGAGACCUGUAUGGAUGAAGGACAGAUAGCAGCUGUCUGUAGAGAGUGCCUCCAAGCUUUGGAUUUCUUGCACUCAAACCAAGUGAUCCAUAGAGACAUAAAGAGUGACAAUAUUCUCCUCGGGAUGGAUGGUUCUGUUAAAUUGACUGAUUUUGGGUUUUGUGCUCAAAUCACUCCUGAGCAAAGUAAACGAAGCACUAUGGUGGGAACUCCCUAUUGGAUGGCACCUGAGGUGGUAACGCGAAAAGCUUAUGGUCCAAAAGUUGAUAUCUGGUCUCUGGGAAUCAUGGCUAUUGAAAUGGUGGAAGGUGAACCCCCUUACCUUAAUGAAAACCCACUCAGGGCCUUAUAUCUGAUAGCCACUAAUGGAACCCCAGAGCUCCAGAAUCCCGAGAGACUGUCGGCUGUAUUCCGUGACUUCUUAAAUCGCUGUCUUGAGAUGGAUGUGGAUAGACGAGGAUCUGCCAAGGAGCUUCUGCAGCAUCCAUUUUUAAAAUUAGCCAAGCCUCUCUCCAGCCUCACUCCUCUGAUUAUCGCUGCAAAAGAAGCAAUUAAGAACAGUAGCCGUUAGAACUUCGAGCCUUACCCCUCACCAUCUCCCUGAUGAGUAAGACU